UGAAAUAGAAGAAAUUAAACCUUACCAUCCAAGACCUUGCGCUCUGUAGCAAAUAUAUUUUGGAAACUUCUCUGAUAAUCUUUGAAUUCAGAAGAAAACCUCCUUGAAGAUUUGAGCUUCCACUCUUCAAUUCAAACCGUGUGGGUCUCCGAGAUGAGUAGCUAUAUACAUUCUAACGUCUUUCUCUCCUCGCUCUUCUUCCCUCCCAAUGGAAACCCUUCUUCUUCAUUCCCACCUUUUCGUUUGAAGCAAAUGGCAUUUGGGGUUCGUAAAGUUCCGCGCUUUGUGGUGAGGGCAGGCCCUAAGAAGAUAUUAUUCGGCAAGGAGUGCAGAGAGGCCAUGCAAGCCGGGAUUGAUAAGCUCGCCGAUGCUGUCUCUCUUACCGUUGGACCCAAAGGACGAAAUGUUAUUCUUUCUGAAUCUGGAAACCUUAAAGUGAUUAAUGAUGGCGUUACAAUUGCUCGAUCCAUUGAGCUUUCAGAUGCAAUUGAGAAUGCAGGUGCCAUCCUAAUUCAAGAGGUUGCAAGUAAAAUGAACGAGUUAGCUGGUGAUGGUACUAGCACUGCAAUUAUUUUGGCUCGAGCCAUGAUUAAAUCUGGACUAUUAGCAGUUUCUUUUGGAGCUAAUCCUAUUUCUUUGAAGAAGGGGAUGGACAAGACUGUAAAGGAGUUGGUCAAGUUAUUGAAGGAGAGAAGUGUUCCUGUUGAAGGGAGGGAGCAUAUUAAAGCUGUAGCAUCAAUUUCUGCUGGAAAUGAUGAUUAUGUUGGCAACUUGAUUGCUGAUGCUAUGGGAAAGAUUGGUCCGGAUGGGGUGAUCUCUAUUGAGUCCUCCUCAACAUCUGAAACCUCUGUCAUAAUUGAAGAAGGGAUGAAGAUCGAUAAGGGUUACAUGUCUCCUCACUUCAUUACGAACCAGGAGAAGUCCAUUGUAGAGUUUGAUUGGGCUAAAGUUUUGGUAACUGAUCAGAAGAUUUCAAGUGUCAAAGAAAUAGUCCCAUUGUUAGAGAAGGCUAUGCAGUUGAGUGUUCCACUCUUAAUCAUUGCUGAGGAUAUAACAAGACAAGUGCUGGAAACAUUAGUAGUGAACAAGAUGCAAGGAUUACUAAGAGUUGCAGUCGUAAAAUGUCCAGGAUUUGCAGGUGGGAAGAAAGCUUUGUUACAAGAUAUUGCACUAAUGACCGGUGCUGAUUUUCUUUCUGGAGACUUGGGUCUCACACUUGAUGGUGCAACAUCAGACCAGCUUGGUACGGCACUGAAAGUGACAAUAACCAGUAAUGCGACAACUAUCAUUGCUGAUCCUAGUACUAAGGCGGAAGUUCAGGCCAGAAUUUCACAGAUAAAGAAAGAUCUUAGUGAAACAGAUAAUGCAAACUUGUCAAGAAAGCUCUCAGAGAGAAUUGCGAAACUGUUGGGUGGUGUCGCUGUUAUAAAGGUAGGUGCACAUACUGAGCUAGAACUUGAAGAUAGAAAACUGAGGAUUGAGGAUGCAAAGAAUGCAACAUUUGCUGCCAUAAGUGAGGGCAUUGUUCCUGGAGGGGGUGCCACAUAUGUCCACCUGUCGGACUUGAUACCAACAAUAAGGAGCUCCAUGGAAGAUCUAGAUGAGCAAAUUGGAGCUGAUAUCGUAGCAAAGGCACUCAUUGAACCUGCAAAAUCAAUUGCAACUAAUGCAGGAAUUGAUGGAGACAUUGUUGUCCAAAAGACUAGAACAUAUGAUUGGAGAAUCGGAUAUAAUGCAAUGACGGGCAUAUAUGAAGAUCUUUUGGAUGCUGGGGUAGCAGAUCCUAGUCGUGUUGCAAGAUGCGCUCUUCAAAGCGCAGUUUCUGUUGCUGGUGUGAUUCUAACUACUCAAGCUAUAUUGGUGGAUAAAAUAAAGAAACCCAAACCAGCAGUGCCCUUUAUCCCUGGCAUAACUCCCUAAAAUGGAGUAAACAAUUACAAUUUUUCAAAGAGUUAAGUCUUUUCCAUACAACUAGUGGAAUCCAGCUGAAGUAAGAAUAAUACUUUCAAGAACAGGAAAAUCAGAUGCUGCUUGAGUCAUGACUUGAUGAACCCCAUGUAUGAUGAAGCAAUUGGAACAAUUGUACAACUGGUGAAGUUCAAGUACAUUCCACACGGAAUCGAUUAGAGUUCUGUUAGGUUUCUUUCUCCAUUUACCUAUUAAUUUUUGGUGACACCAUAGUUGAUACUAGAAAAUCGGUAGUACGAUUUUAUCAAGAUAUUGUAACACCAUAAUUGAUGAGACAAACAAAUCGCACAAUAUUCAUUUGGACAAAUCUUGAUGUGUUAGUAAAUUGUGUUUUCAAUUUUA